AUGCAAAGGUUGAAGGCGACUUUGAUGAUGGUAGCAGCUGAGUUGGUAAUAGCUGCAUUCAGUGUUUCAUACAAAUUAGCUGCAGAUGAUGGCAUGCAUAUGAAAGUUUUAAUUACUUACCGUUACUUGUUUUCUUCCAUUCUCAUUUUUCCUCUAGCUUUCUUCCUUGAAAGAAACAAAAGGCCGAAGCUAACAUGGAAAAUACUCUUUCAGGCUUUUGUUUGUGCCAUUUUCGGGGGGCCGAUGUCACAAAAUAUAUAUACUCAAAGCUUGAUUCUAACAUCCGCGACAUAUGCGGCAGCUUUUACCAAUCUUAUCCCACCAUUAACCUUCAUCGUAGCAGUUUUGUUCAGGUUGGAGAAGGUUGAAAUAGGUAAAAUUACAGGAAAAGCCAAGGUUGUGGGAACCCUUGUAGGGGUUGGAGGGGCAAUGAUUCUAACAUUCUAUAAAGGUCAUCAACUUAACAUUAGGUCAACUCAUUUCAACAUGUUACACAAUGCUCAACAUAUGGACAAACAUGUGGCAGUGACGCACAAGACAUCUGAUCAUAUCUUUGGCUCUAUAUUGGCACUCGCUUAUUCUCUUUCUAUCGCUCUUUAUUACAUUUUUCAGAGUAUAUUGAGUGCGAAUUAUCCAUGUCAUUACUCAAACACAUUUUUGAUCAGUGUGAUUGGGUUGAUACAAUCUCUUGCGUAUGUUCUUCCAACUGAGAGAUCCUUGAAUCAAUGGAGGCUCAGUACGAAUAUCAGGCUAUUCUCAGCAAUUUUUCAAGGAAUAUGUUCACUACUAGCUAUUUUUUUGGUCAUGGCAGCUGUACAUCUGCAAGGUCCAUUAUUCGCGUCAAUUUUCAAUCCAUUGGUUUUGGUUUUCGUGGCGAUCGCUGGCUUUCUUGUACUUAAUGAAAAGUUAUAUGUGGGAAGUUUGUUAGGAUCUGUUGUAAUUAUAGCGGGUUUAUACUUGGUGCUAUGGGGAAAAGGUAAAGAGACUAAGAGAUCGCCGAAGCUAACGCAUUCAAGCAAUUCAAAAGAUGUGAAUGAUGUCUCAAAUUCCAUAGCCAAUGCAGUGACUCCAAAGAAUGUGUCCAUGCCUCAUACUACAAAUCCUCCAAGGGUAAAGCAAAAUGAUCAAGAAUUUGUUGAGGAAGUUUGAAGGCUAAAAAGUUAUAAAAUGUUUCAUUUUUUGGUAUAGCCUAAAGACUACAUAAUAUAAUAAGGGGUUGCCAAUAACAUAACUUUGUGUCUGAGAUUAA